AUGAAUCGUCUACGUCGAGCCUUAUCAAUAAUAAUGGAAAAACAUUCGAUACUGAGAACAUCACUCAAGUAUGAUCGAGAAGAACGAUGUUUAAAACAACAGAUUCAGCCGUUAGUCGAAGAGUCUCCAAAUUAUUCAUUUCAGUUCAGUAAAAUUUCGACAAAGGAUGAACUAGAGAAAAUAUUACUUGACGAAGAAACAAAUUGUGAUUUGUUCUGUUUAUCGAAGGGACUCGUGUUUCGAUGCCAUUUAAUCCAUUUCUAUUUUACUUCCGACAGGAUUAACAAUGAUAAUGCAGAUAAUGGUGAUCUGCUGAAAAAAGGUGAUCUGAUUUUAUUAAAUUUUCAUCAUGUUGCAUUUGACGGUAGUUCUGCCGAAUUUUUCCUGUCAGAAUUGCAUAAAGCAUACGUAAACGAGAGACUAGAGCGAGCCACUUUGCAAUAUAUAGAUUAUGCUCAGUACGAACGAGAAAUGCCAAUGGACAAAGCGAGAGAAUACUGGAAACAGUCGCUCGACGGUUACGAGGAUCCAUUACAGUUGCCUUACGACCAUACACUAUCACUAUCAACUGUAAGGUCUGGCAGCGGUGGAUCAAUAAGAUUUGAGUUGGACAAGGAUAUUGUUGAAUCAAUUUUGAACAUUUCAACCACAACCAGUGCUACAUUGUUCCAAUUGCUUCUGACGAACUAUUAUUUAUUCCUGUUUAAGUUAACAAAACGUACAGACUUGUGUGUUGGCUCGGUGAAUGCAAAUCGUUUUCGUUCCGAGCUGCAAUCGUUAGUUGGAACUACAACAUUCAUAUAA